AUGAUUAAAAUUGGUGAUAUUGAUGAAUUUACAAAAAAGAUUACUUCAAACGAUGUAAAAUUAUUUUCAGAAAUAUGUGGUGAUGCAAAUCCAAUUCAUUUAGAUGAAUCAUAUUCAAAGAAAACUAGAUAUGGUAAAUGUAUUGUUCAUGGUGCAUUAGUUGCAUCUUUAAUUCCAUCAGUAGUUUCAAAAGCAAUGCCUGGUUGUAUUUAUAUACAUGAAGAAGUUAAUUUCACAAAACCAACAUUUGUUAAUGAUAUAGUUAAGGCUGAAACUAAAAUAAUUGAUAUAACUGGUAAAAAAAUAACUUUUUCAACUCAAUGUACUGUUAUUUCAAAUGAUAAUGAUAAUAUUAAUAAUGUUGUCAUUAAAGGUACUUCAAUAAUACAUCACCCAAAUUUAAUUUCAAAAAGAAUUGAUAAAAUCACCACUAAUAUUAAUGAAAAAGAAUAA